CUGAUGGGCGGAUACGUCAGCAUCUCCCUCCGCUUCAGCCUGCUCCCGUGGACAGUGGCGGUCAGAAGAAAUAAGUGAUGUAUCAUAGGUUAAGCAAGAGACGGACAGAACUUCUGAAACACUGUAACAACUUCCUCUCUGUGCUGCUUUAAAAGGCGGGAAAAGCAGCUACUUUACAAACCGUAUCACUGGAAAACAUCACUCCGAAAUUGUCAGACUGGAAACCUUUAGUAUGUUUUAGUACGUGCUUGCGCGUUUCUUUAGCUACACGGCAUUUAAUCGUUUGAAAACGUUUUCUUUCUUUGCAACAUGAAGGUUAAAUAUGUCUUUUUGACGCACCUGUUACUGCUUUGGGUUGGUUCCGAUACUGGCGCAUCUGAAGCUGUAUGGAGAAGUGCGCGCGACGGCACGACAGACGCGCUCGUGGCCACAGAUGCGCUCUCACAGCAUAUGUUUAAACUGUAUGAGAAGUACAACAUUGAACCUAACCGACUCAAAGAGGGAAAUACUGUAAGAAGUUUUAAAGCAAAAGCUGAGAAUGUGGAGGAGAGGGUCUCAUACUGGCUGAAUCUUACGUCCCUUCAGGGGUCUGAGGUGAUUCUCACAUCUACGUUUCACUUCUUUUUUGACAAACGGCCACACCAGAGGUCCUGGUUCUGCAAGCGCUUCAAGAACCCCUCUUGUCGCAUCCCGAACUUCCAUCUGCUACCCCCUGUCCGUCUUCUUUUCCGGUCUCCCUCCUUCAGCUCAGCCCAGGGAUCACUACUCGGAAACAUCACCGUAGUUCCUCACAGACGUGGGACCUGGCAGAGCAAGGAUGUGUCUGUCAUUAUAAAAGAGGCCCGAGAUAAGAAUCAUCUUUUGAUCAGCGUGGAGUUUGACUUUGGAGAGCAGUAUCAAAGGUAUCAGGACCAGCUCCCGUCCUCCAACCUUCCAUACUUGCUGGUGUAUGCUAAUGACCUUGCCAUUGCAGAGCCCAACAGCGUGGCUGUGAGCCUACAGAGAUAUGACCCUUUCAUUGCAGACCAGCAGCCAACUCAAUCUCCGGACUCCUCACCUGACAUACGUGUGAAGCGGGAACUGGACAUCUCUGAUCCUAUUGAGAACAAUGAGCUCCCGGAGGUGGAGUACAACAGCUUCAAACAGCAUGAUAUGUGGGAAAGCGCUUACUUUGCACUCAAGCCAAAGCCCUUUAAAAAAGAACGUCGGAGGAAAGGCCAGGAGCAUGCUGAUGGAUUCGGCAAGUCUCAGGUUCUACGGUUUGAUGAGAAAACCAUGAAGAAGGCUCGGAGGAGACAGUGGAAAGAACCUCGCAGCUGUUCCAGGAGGUACCUGAAGGUGGACUUUGCAGAUAUCGGGUGGAAUGAAUGGAUCUUGUCUCCCAAGUCUUUCGAUGCCUUCUACUGCACAGGAACGUGUGAAUUCCCCAUUCCAAAGGUAGCCCGCCCCUCCAACCAUGCAACCAUCCAGAGCAUAGUCAAGGCCGUUGGGAUAAUUCCAGGUAUCCCAGAGCCCUGCUGUGUCCCAGAGAAGAUGAAACCCCUCAGUGUUCUAUUUCUGGAUGAGAGCAAAAACAUUUUGUUGAAGAUUUACCCCAACAUGUCUGUGGAGACGUGUGCUUGCAGAUAGACUCGCUGGUCAAAGAAAGGAAAGACAAAUGGGCAUUUGUUGUGGUUUUGACACCCAAAUUCACCUUGAAGAGGCAUAUUGUCUUUAGUUUGCACUUGUUAGAAAGUGCACACAUUUUAAGGACUGCAUUUCAUCUUUUAUAAAUGCUUAUCAGUGAUAUUUUAAUUUCCUCUGUUUAUCCACAAAGGAUCUGGCGUAAACUUUUUCAUUGUACUAGAUGAGUAACAUAAGCACUUACUCUUAUAAAUAAUACUUAAGAAUUGUCAGCUUUGCUGUCAUCGCUGUGACAUAAAUGGUUGCUGGACUCAUGCUUGUAUAUUACUGGAUGUACAAUGAGGUUUUAAAGCAUGGUGAAUACAACAAACCAUUUGUGUCAGAACUGUUGAAUUACAUUGGAAAGUAAAUAAGAAUAAGGAAUUAUUCUAUUAUUCAGAUGAAUGUUGUAGUGACAGGUUAAGAUAAUGUUGUGGUGUUCAUUAGAAAUCUAAGUGUAACUUGAUAUUUGGGUCAUUUAAAAGUAUAAAUGAUGAAAAACAUGUGACAAAUGUGAACCCUUUCAUCUACAUCAAACUAUUAGUGUGACUGCAAAGCAGUCUUGGAGUAACUAAUCUAAACUUAGUUUUGAAACAGAACUAACUUAAAAGAUCCCAAAAGGUGGAGAGUUUCUAAUCGCUGAGGUCUCUGAUGGAUGGUGCUGACUCAUUUUUCCUAUGCAUUUGUUUUACUUUAAGAGGCAUUACACAAGGUUCCUUUAUAGUAUUCAGACGCAUUUUAUGAUCUCAAUUUGGUGCCAUAAGCAAGGAGUACCUGGGCCAAAUGUGUCAGUGUGCAUAAACAAUUGUUCAUUUGGAUUCAGUAUAUUAUAUUUUAUAGAAUGUAUUUUUGUAAAUGUGUGUUUUAAAUUAUGAAAACUAGCCUUAUAAGUAGAAUAAAAUGUUAAACCACCAGUGUUUACUUUCUGCUGCAUAUUUCUGCAUUUUAUAUGUUUAUAUUCUUCCCUUAAUGAAGAAAAUUAAUAACGGAAUAAGAAUGUCUAGUCAGAUUUGACAUCAGAAACCAGCCUGGUGCAUUACUUCUUUACCUGGACAUCAAAGACAUCUCUAACCCCCAGCUCCCACCUUCAACCCACUUCAAGAGCAUCAGGUCUCAAAGUGCAGGAAGUUCCAACUCUUACAUCAACAGAUGAUGUCACCCAGCUCAAACUAAUUUGAUGUAAACCCUUUUAAUACUAGCCCGGGAAUGAAAACGGAAAGCGUGUUCUCACAGAACAGAACCCAGUUGCUGUCUGCUAUAUCUUUCCUUUGUGUGACGCUGAGUGUUGAAUGGCUUCUCUGUGCAGUGUGUGAAAAGAGACCCUUGUAGAUGUGAACAUGUUUGGUUGUGUAUAGGCUGAAGAGAUGUGAAUGUGUCUGCUUCUUUUACCACUACACUUUAUCUCUCCAAAUG